UUUUGAUGUCCUUCAUGAAUGUCAGCCGACUUUCGAUCUUCGACUUGCUCGUCCGGCGCCCUUUUGAGAUUCGCCAUCCCCCCUUAGCUUUCUGCGUACUGCUACCAUUGCCAACCGCCAACCACGUCACCUGAACCUCCCAAACUCGUCUUCUUCCGCUCCGUAAACCUCCUGCCACCUUCCACAGGUCCCUGUCCGCAUACGUAAGCGGAAACCCCCGCCGCCGCCGCCGCCGUUGCCCUGCCCUCCGCCUACAAGCGACACCCCUCGCGGUACACGCAUACGAACAACUGCUUCCGUCCUUCGUUCCAUCCUGCAUUCCGAGUCAUCCCUGCCGAAGUCGACGACUGCCGCUUUCCUUGUUUCCAUAGACUUCGUUGCCAUUGGAUGACAUCGCAAGGUGGCACGACUGGCCAUCUUGAACGGCCAGACUCUUCUCCCAACCAAGAAGCAUACGAUAUCUGAGCGCCUCCGUGUUCAAAUAUAGCCAUCAAGCGGUCAAGCCGCCCUAUAUUCAGUCUACAAUUCACAUAUCGAUUUCUACAUCGACGACCGCCGACGAUUCGGGGGCUGAAAUGCUGGCUUUGUGAUGGACCCCAACUUCCUCCAGAACCUAGACUAUUUCGCCGUCCCCAACAACCAAGCCACGACCUCUGUCGAACAAACUGCCGAGUCAUCCGCCACAGGUGCUGCUAGAAAUGCGCCCGCCACCUCUCUUUGGGAAUCCCUAGGGGGCGACCAAGAAAACUCCGAGUCAACGUCCAACGGCCCUUCCGGAUCGCUACCGUCCUUUACCCAGCCAUCACCCGGCAGCACUAACUUCGGCCUGGGCUCCAUGCCAGCUCAGAUGCAAUUCAGUCAUGGCCAGCUCAGGAAUAACGGCCUUCCAAACAGAGCUGCGCCAGGCCAGAGUUCACGGCGGAGAGAUGCCCAUGUACGUAAGCGGACCAAGGUCGAUUCCGAGGCUGCAGCGCUUGAGUCUGUUGACUACUGGAUUCAAUUCGACGAUGACGAAGAGCAGAAGUUUGGUGGAAGCUUCGAAAUCGACUUUUCGAGACGUAGCAAUCCUACUCCGAACUACCGACCAAGACCGGCUGCAAAUCGUCUAAACCCAAUGUCUACAACACCUGGUCUGGGCGCCGGGUUAUAUACCCACCCUGUUUUUAAGCCAGAGGAUUUCAUGGACGACGCAGCCCUCGACAAUGCUUUGUCUGACGACGAGGAUUUUCUGGAGUCAAUGAACCUUGGCGACCAACUUGGGAAGAUUGAGUCUCAGCCGCCACAGGAGGUGCCUCCCAGAGAGGGUCUUUACUCGACACCCCUGAGUUGGGAAAAGCCAGCGCCUGGACUCAGGAUGAACCCCCUUUUUGGAAUGGGCGGCAUGAACGCACCCAUGCUUGACCCUGAGCAACGGCGACUACUGGCAAUAGCUUUGAACACGGGUGGUCGAUCAUCGGCAACCGGUUUGGGCUCCGGCAUGGGGUUUGGUGUUGGAGCGGAUCUAGGUCCCGAGUUUGCGAGCCUCGAAAAUUUCGACGCAAAUAUGGCUACAGGUAAUCUGAGCGACAUUACCAGAGGCUCCGAACAGUCGACCCUUGACAAGGGCAAGAACAAGGAAAAGGCCUCUGGAAAGGAGGAAGCCCAGUCGUAUCGGCCCCAAUUACCCCGAACCGCCACCAAUGCUACUAGCAUAUCUGAAAAGUCCAAAGACAAGGCCAAGUCGGGUGAUCGAACGGCGCAUAACGACAUUGAGAGGAAGUAUCGUACCAACCUUAAAGACAGAAUUUCAGAGCUUCGCGAUGCAGUCCCAUCCCUUAGGUCAAUACCCGAGGAGGGAGGUGAAGAUGCCGAGGCAGACAGCCAAUCGCAACGUGGUCCUAAAGUCAGCAAGGGCACCGUCCUUACGAAAGCGACUGAGUAUAUACAUUACCUAGAACGAAGGAACAAGGCCAUCAUGCGCGAGCAUCAGGAACUCGCGAGGCGCCUGCAAGCCUUUGAGCAGCUCUUGAGCGCCCAAGCGCGGCAACCUUUCCCGAUGCCCAAUUACAGCAGAACCCUCUUCGACCCUAGAGGUUUCUGUUAACGUGUCUCUCCUCUUACUACAUAUUACGCAUUAUGAUUGCGAGUUGUACAUAUUACGUUUUCAUGGACUGCGGUUUACCCCAAAAUAUACGAUUGCGGUCAAUCUAUGAGGAAUGAAUAGGUACUAUUAUAUAAUGAAAGGUUAACAGACCUGCAAUAAAAU